AUGUCUAAGAGCUUACGGAAAGAUAUUUGCAAUCUACGCUUACCAGGCACUCUUGCAGAGGAAGUUGAUCGAAGCAAGGUCGAAGAGUGCAUUCCCGCACAGCUGCAAUAUGCUUGCUCAUAUUGGAUUCGCCACUUGCAAAAGAGCCUCGUCGACCCUUCUCUUCUUGAGACAGUGUGUACAUUCCUCAAGCAACAUUUCCUUCACUGGUUCGAAGUGCUCAGUCUGUUGAGGAAAAUGGACGAAAAUACUUCGAUGCUGGUAACUUUACAUGACCUAGUCCAGAUCCCAAACCACCAACGAUUGUUCGAUUUAGUCCGUGACGUAUACCGCUUCGGUAUGACGCAUCGUUCUACUAUCAUCCAGGCGCCACUUCAGACGUAUUGUGCUGCUCUGAUAUUCAGCCCAUCUAAGAGCAAGGUCAGGGCACUUUUCGAAGGACAAAUUCCAUCGUGGGUCAAGCUUAAGCCAUCAGUCCCAGAAAACUGGACCUCACUGCUGCAGACUCUCGAAGGCCACUUGGACACGGUCCAAUCCGUAGCUUCCUCGGGCGACGGCCAGAAGAUUGUGUCUGGAUCCAAUGAUAAAACCGCGCGGAUAUGGGACGCACGGUCCGGCUCGCUAUUGCAGACGCUAGAAGGUCACUUAGACUGGAUGAUCGUAUCUGGAUCCGGUGAUAAAACCGUGCGGAUAUGGGACGCAAGGUCAGGCUCACUACUACACACGCUCGAAGGCAACUCGACGAUUUUGUCCGUAGCAUUCUCAGACGACGGCCGGAAGAUCUUGUCUGGGUCCGAUGACUGUAUUGCGCGGGUAUGGGAUAUAGGGUUAAUCUCGCUACCACAGAGCUCGCUACCACAGACGCUGGAAGGCCAUUUAGACUCGGUCCUGUCCGUAGCGUUCUCAGGCGACGCGCAGAAAGUUGCAUCUGCCGAAGAUUAUACCGUGCGGAUAUGGGACGCACAGUCUGGCUCGCUGCUGCAUGCGCUCGAAGGCUACUCAGUCCUAGUCACUUCAGUGGCGUUCUCAAGAGGUAGCCAGACGAUUGUGUCCGGGUCUUUGGAUUUCGCUGUGCGGAUAUGGGACGCAAGGCCAGGCUCGCCACUACAUCCACGCGAUGUAAACAACGAGGUAGUGCGCAGCGAGGUCUGGUCAGUGGCACUCUCGGCCAUCGGCCAAAAGGUCGUAUCCGGACAUCAGGACAAGACCGUACGGGUGUGGGACGUAGGGUCAAGUUCGCUACUACAGACGUCUAGAGGCCACUUGGACCAGGUUACCUCAGUCGCGUUCUCAGGCGACGGCCAGAAGGUCGUAUCUGGAUCCAAUGAUAAUACCGCGCGGGUAUGGGCUGCAGGGCUAGAUAUGGACCUACAGACGCCUACAGGCCAUUCUGAGAAGGUUUGGGCGAUCGCGUUCUCUCCUAACGGUCAGAAGAUUGUAUCAGGAUCUGAAGAUACGACUGUGCGGAUAUGGGACGCAGGGUCAGGCUCCCUACCACACACGCUCAAAGAUUUUACAGGAUACAUUCGGUUAGUGGCGUUCUCGAGUGACGGCUGGAAGAUCGCAUUAAGAACACAGGGGUCGGCAUACGGGCAGGUUUGGGACCUAAAAUCCGGCACGCUACUAGAAGAAGACGACCUGAACCCUGUUAGUACAGCAGCUCCUUCGAGUGGCGUCCCGCUUUGGAAGCCAGACGUCAAAGACUAG